AUGAAAGCUGGAUCGGGUAUUUCUGAAAAUCGUGGUGGUGACAGACGUUCGCAGAAAAAUGUGGAAAAGCGCAAAAAAGUGAAAGCAUUCAUCGCAAGUUUAAAGGGGCAAGAGAGUCACUACGGAAGAGCGAAAUCUAAAAGGAUAUAUUUAUCUGCAGAGUACAAUAUCACCAUACUACAUAGGCUAUACAAUGAUAGCGUUGAAGAAAGCUAUAAAGUAAAUUAUAAGUACUUUAGUCGCAUUUUUUCGAAUGACUUUAACAUAGGAUUCGGUACACCGGCGACCGAUGUUUGUGGAUUCUGUACGCGGCACCUAAAUCUGCUCUCUAUGGUGAACGGCCAACGCGAAAAGCAAACUGUUAUUACAAAUUUAAGAGUACAUAAGUUACGAGCAAAGCAGUUUUUUAAAAUGAUGAAGGAAAAAUCUGGAGACGGGAUGGCAUUCUGCUUCGAUCUUCAGCAGGUACAACCUCUCCCUAAAGUACCGAUUUCAGAGGCAUUCUAUGCACAGCAACUCUCCUUGUAUGUUUUCUGUAUCACAGACAUAACUUGCAAGCGACCAAUUUUCUACUCAUGGUUAGAACACCAAGCAGGAAGGGGUGCCACAGAAGUUGGUUCUGCUCUUUACGAUUUUCUCAGAAAGGCUGAAUUUCCAAAAAACUUGAAAGAAUUGACGUUGUUCUCUGAUGGAUGUGGAGGCCAAAACAAGAACAGUCACAUAGUUCACAUGCUAAUGAUGUGGCUACAUAAAGAAGCACCAAAAGGCCUGCAAUCUAUAAGAAUGGUUUUUCCAAUAAGAGGUCAUUCAUACCUGCCAGCGGAUCGCAUUUUUGGACGAUGUGAGAAGCUUAUUAGGUCCCAUAUCACACUAAAGUCACCAGAAAAAUACUGGGAGUUGUAUUCUCAAGUCAGAUUGGUUCGAAAGCUUGGGACUGACUGGAAAAUAUAUGACCUGAAAUCCGCUUUGUCCACUUUUAAGAAAAUCGAAACAAUCAGUCAUGCUAAGCGAAUCUUGAUAAAAUGGACUUCAAAACAACAUGUAGCGGUGAAAACAGAAACCUUUUACAGAAAUGACGAUGAAAACACCAAGUACUUGACGUUGUUAAAAAAACAAGAAGAUUGA